GGAUCCCAAUCCUAAUGAACAUAACUCGGUGCCUCAUAUAAUUUUCUUCCAUUUUAACCGCUUAAAUCACAAGUUUCCUCAAUUGAAUCACUUGUCAUAUGUUGCAUUUUUCGAUUACAAUCAUUCCAGAAUCCUCAGCAAAAAACCUUGAUUAUUUCUUUCCUUUUUCACAGUGAUUCAGUUUCUUGCUAACCAAGAUUUGUUGAACCACCUGGUUUGUGUAUAUAUACACCACCCCAGAUAGCAUGUUCUCUACACACUUCUCAAACCAACCUUGAAAAUUUCCCUUCUUUUGAACCCUUUCACUCCCAUUUCCAAUGGCUCCUCCCAAUGAACCAGUUAACCCCACCCUCAGUUCUGAGCCUUUGGAACAGAUUUUCCAUUUGUCUGAUGGAAAAUUCACUGUGAAAACUGUUCCUUUGCUGUCUCAGGUUCCUCAGAAUGUCUCUUUCACUCCCUUUUCCUCUGUUGAAUCUGAUGCCCCACCUUCCAUUCUUCACCGUGUCCUUGCUAGUUCCCACAAAGGUGGAUUCUUUGGGUUUUCCCAGGAAACCCCAUCUGACAGAUUGAUGAAUUCCUUGGGUAGUUUCAGUGGGAGGGACUUCCUUAGCAUUUUCAGGUUCAAAACAUGGUGGUCUACUCAGUGGGUGGGGAAUUCUGGUUCUGAUCUUCAAAUGGAAACUCAGUGGGUUCUCAUUGAUGUUCCUGAGAUUAAGUCCUAUGUGAUCAUCAUUCCCAUCAUUGAAGGGAGUUUCAGGUCUGCUCUCUUUCCUGGCUCUGAUGGGAAUGUUAUGAUUGGUGCUGAGAGUGGUUCCACACAAGUGAAAGCUUCAAGGUUUCAUUCCAUUGCCUAUGUUCAUGUCUCUGAAAACCCUUACAAUUUGAUGAGAGAGGCCUAUAGUGCUCUCAGGGUUCAUCUCAACACUUUCAGGCUCUUGGAAGAGAAAACUUUACCAAGCAUGGUUGAUAAGUUUGGUUGGUGCACUUGGGAUGCUUUCUAUUUAACUGUGGACCCUGUUGGAAUCUGGCAUGGUCUUAAGGAUUUUGCUGAAGCCGGUUUCGCACCGAGGUUUUUGAUUGUUGAUGAUGGAUGGCAGAGUAUCAAUUUGGAUGGUGAUGACCCCCAUGAAGAUGCAAAGGGUCUUAUUCUUUGUGGUGGCCAAAUGUCUGCAAGGCUUCACAGGCUAGAUGAGUGUGAAAAGUUCAGAAAUUACCAACCUGGUCUCAUGUUGGGCCCGGAUGCUCCUCCUUUCAAUCCAAAACCGAGAAAGGACUUGAUUGCAAAGGCAUUUGAUCGCGAGCAUUUGGAGAUCCAACGCGACGAAGCUAUCGAAUCUGGAAGUUCCAAUGUGGCUGAGAUUGAAACUAAGCUCCAGCAGGUGGUAAAGGAAAUCAAUGAUAUCCUUGGGGGAAUCCAAUUGCUAAGCAAAAGAGAAUGUGGAACAAGUGGUAGGUUGAAGGCUUUCACCAAGGACUUGAGGACUUGUUUCAAGGGUUUGGAUGAUAUUUAUAUGUGGCAUGCAGUUUGUGGUGCCUGGGGUGGUGUGAAGCCAGGAGCUACACAUUUGAACUCAAAAUUAGCCCCUUGCAUAGUCUCACCUGGCCUUGAUGGGACAAUGCCUGAUCUUGCUGUGGUUAGAAUAGUCAAUGGUUCAAUUGGGCUUGUUCAUCCUGAACAAGCCAAUGACUUGUACAACUCCAUGCACUCUUACCUUGCUGAAUCUGGUGUCACUGGAGUCAAAGUUGAUGUCAUGCAAUCUAUUGAAUAUGUAAGUGAGGAAUAUGGAGGCAGGGUCGAGCUUGCAAAGGCUUACUAUGAUGGGUUGACAGACUCCAUCAUCAAGAAUUUCAAUGGAAAUGGAAUCAUUGCCAGCAUGCAGCAGUGCAACGACUUUUUCUUCCUGGGAACUAAGCAAGUUUCCAUGGCAAGAGCUGGGGAUGACUUUUGGGUCCAGGGUCCCAAUGAAGACCCAAUGGGAGUUUUUUGGCUACAAGGUGUGCACAUGAUUCAUUGUUCCUACAACAGCUUGUGGAUGGGGCAAAUGAUUCAACCUGAUUGGGACAUGUUUCAAUCAGAUCAUGUGUGUGCCAAGUAUCAUGCAGGUUCAAGGGCUAUUAGUGGUGGUCCAGUCUAUUUCAGUGACCAUGUAGGUUCCCAUGACUUUGAUCUGAUUAGGAAGCUUGUGUUCCCUGAUGGGUCCGUGCCCAAAUGCAUACAUUUCCCCCUUCCAACCAGAGAUUGCCUUUUCAAGAAUCCUCUAUUCGACCAAGAAACUGUUCUCAAACUUUGGAACUUCAACAAGUAUGGAGGAGUGAUUGGUGCUUUCAACUGUCAAGGAGCUGGAUGGGACCCUAAGGUGCAAAAAAUAAGGGGUUUCCCUGAGAGUUACAAGCCACUGUCUGGUUCUGUGCAUGUAACUGAGAUUGAAUGGGAUCAGAAAAAAGAAGCAUCCCACAUGGGUAAGGCGGAGGAGUACAUAGUCUACCUCAAUCAAGCUGAAGAACUCUUUUUGAUGACCCCCAAGUCUGAACCAAUUCAAAUCACCAUCCAACCUUCAACCUUUGAACUCUACAGCUUUGUCCCAGUCACAAAGGUAGGUGGUGGCAGCAUCAAAUUUGCACCAAUUGGGCUGACAAACAUGUUCAACAGUGGAGGUACAAUCCUAGAGUUGGAAUGUGUUGACCUUGGUGCUAAGCUUAAGGUUAAAGGUGGUGGGAACUUCCUUGCUUACUCAAGUGAAUCUCCAAAGAAGCUCCAAUUGAAUGGUUCUGAGGUCACUUUUGAGUGGCUGCCAAAUGGAAAAUUGUCUCUCAACCUUCCUUGGAUCGAAGAGAAUGGAGGGGUUUCUGAUUUGGCAUUUUUCUUCUAGAUAUAUUUUGUUUUGGUUCUUACUUUAAAACAAUUUUGGGACUUGGUUUGUUUUUUCCAUUACCAAGUAGCGAUUGGGAAUGGUUUUAUGUAAUGGAUUUUACCAUUCUCUAGUAUAUCGCUUUUUCUUUUUGCUGAAGUUUUUCGUGGUAAACUUUUGUUGAAGUUUUAAUAAACUAUAAAUCCUUUUGGUUUGCUAUUUCA